AUGGAUCACCUAGAUAAUCGAGAACAAAAUGAAGGAAUUAAAGCUGGUAUACCAGUAAUAUUACCAUCAUCAUUUAUCGGAAGUCCAAGAAAUAUGCAAGAAAGAUAUCAAGAUGCAAUGUCUAUAGUGAGAAAGUUUGGGAAACCAGACAUCUUUUUAACAGUGACAUGCAAUCCACAGUCUCCGUCAAUUAAGGAAAACCUUGAUGGUAGAAUAUCGUCCAGAUUUAGUAGCAAAAGCCUUCAACUUGGAUAUGAUAAAGAAAAGCCAAGAGAUGAAGAAAUAAUAGACAAGAUGGUAUGGGCUGAAAUACCUGAUGAAGAAAGCUAUCCAGAGCUUAAUGCAAUGGUUUUAAGGCAUAUGAUUUACGGACCAUGUAGCGACACAUCGAGAAGAUAUCCUUGCAUAGGGGAAGAAGAAAAGUGUACAAAAGGCUAUCCAAAAAAAUUUAGAGACAAAACAAAAGCAAAUGAGAAUGGAUAUCCCAUGUAUCAAAGAAGGAAUACAGGGAAAAAAAUACAAGUAAAGAGCGUUAAAUAUUUAUACAAGUACAUUCAUAAAGGAUUUGAUUGUGCUCCCAUUGAGGUGCAAGCAAGAGACGGAACGAGACUCAUUAAAAUAGAUGAGGUAAAAUCAUUCGUGGAUGCAAGAUAUGUUAGUACACCAGAAGCAAGACUGAACGGAUAUGAAAUGUUCAUGAAGUCUCAUACAGUAAUAAGACUGGCAGUUCAUUUACCUAAUCGCCAAAUGAUAUAUGUUAAAGAGGGAAAUGAAGAACAAGCAGCAAUAAGUGCACAGAGAAGGGACACUACCCUUACAGCAUGGUUUUUGACGCUGAAUGUCUCGACGCCCCGACGCUGCCUCCUCACUGCUGGAUCAUCGAUGGACAACGUGGGACCACCCCCGACGGAACAGCUUCUUGCCCCGGAUGGAUCUCAACUGCCGCUGACUGUCCCAGAUCCUCGCCUUAUCGCAUACUGGAACGCCGCUGGACAACGAUGGAUCGAUGCCGUAGGACAAGAUCGUCGUACUUGA